AUGUCUAGAAUUUUCAUUUUUAGGAGGAAACAAAGAGAUCAUGAAGAAUGCAUGAAAUAUGCAAUUAUUUCACACAAUAUUGAUUUUGUUUCAUUCUUGGUGAAUGAAUACAAUAUAGAAAUUGAUUUAGAAAUUUGUGGGCUUUACAAUAAUCUUGAACCCUUUUUAGUUUAUUUCGAUCAAACUAAUGAUAUAAACAAAUGUUUUCUUUAUUCAUCGAUUUAUAAUAUUCCAUCCAUUAUCGAAUACUUGCUUUCACUUGGUGCAAAUAUCAAUGAAAAAAAUAAAUAUGGAGAAACCGCACUUCAUAUUGCAGCACGUUUUAAUUCUACAGAUACAGCCGAACUUCUUAUUUCACAUGGUGCAAAUAUCAAUGAAAAAAAUAAAGAUAGAGAAACCGCACUUCAUAAAGCAGCAUGUAAUAAUUUUAAAGAAACUGCUGAAUUUCUCAUUUCACAUGGUGCAAAUAUCAAUGAAUUAGAUAAAUAUGGAAACACAGCACUUCAUAAAGCAGUACGUAAUAAUUUUAAAGAAAUGGUCAAAGUUCUUACUUCACAUGGUGCAAAUGUCAAUGUAAAAAAUAUAUAUAGAGAAACACCACUUCAUAUUACAGCACACAAAAAUUAUCCAGAAAUUGCAGAAAUUCUUAUUUCGCAUGGUGCGAAUGUCAAUGAAAUAAACAAAGAUGGAGUAGCUGCACUUCAUAUUGCAGUACAUAAUAAUAGUAAAGAAACUGCUGAAGUUCUUAUUUCACAUGGUUCGAAUGUCAAUGAAAAAAAUAUACUCGGACAAACAGCACUUCAUGUUGCAGAACGUCUUAAUUUUAAAGAAAUUGCAGAAGUUCUCAUUUCACAUGGUGCGGAAAAAAAUUUGGUAUAG